GAAAAUCACCAUGAAAGUCACACGCAGCUGUGUGGAAAGCUCAAGUGCUCGUGCAGUUCUCAUCCUCGCGGCAGAAUCCAGCAGAAUGGCAGACCGCAAGGCCGUGAUCAAAAACGCCGACAUGGCGGAGGACAUGCAGCAGGACGCCAUUGACAGUGCCACCCAAGCGCUGGAGAAGUACAACAUCGAGAAGGAUAUCGCCGCGUUCAUUAAGAAGGAGUUCGACAAGAAGUACAACCCCACCUGGCACUGUGUGGUGGGCCGCAACUUUGGUUCCUACGUCACGCACGAGACGAAGCAUUUCAUCUAUUUCUAUUUGGGGCAGGCCUUGUCUCCCUUCUCCCUGAAAAUGCCGACCUUCAUUUCUUUCGUCACUUCCUUCACUUCCUUCUUCAUUUCCUUCUUGUCUUCCGUCUUGCCUUCCUUCUUGUUUUUCUUGUUCUCUCUUUUGGUUUCCUUUUUGGUUGCUUUGUUUGCCUUGUCUCGACCUUCGCUGCGAAACCGCCUCCCUGAGACAGAGCGCCGUUGCAGUAAGACACUGCGACAGCAGUCGGGGCUGAGCUGGGCCUACGUCGGAAGACGGCUGCCCAAGGAAAAAGUUGAGCUGGAUUUGUUGAAUGUGGAUAUUUAU